CCUACAAUUUUAUAUUUUUAGCAGCAAAGUAUGAGGACUCUCAUUCCUCCACAUCCUCCCCACCACUUGGUAUUAUCUAAUUUUUUGCUUAUGGCCAUCCCAGCGGGUACAGAAUGGUAUCUCAUUAUGUUCCAUAAAUAUUUGAAUGAAUACAUAAAGAAGAAGUCUCUGAAGCUGGACAGAGCUUCAGUUUGAACCCUGCUGGUGAUGCUUAACAGGCUGUAGCAGUGAGUCACCUCCCCACUGUGAGGCGAAGGGCAGGUUGGCGAUGCCCUCAGAAGCAGAGUGCCUGCCACGCAUUACGUGCCCCCUCGAUCAUCAUUAUCAUUAUUAGUGCUUUUGUUAUUCCCAUCACCCCAGAGACAAGCCCACACCCAUGACUGCGAUGUUGGCGGCUAACAUCUGUUAGUACUUACCAUAACAUGCCUGCUUCCCUUCUCAGCACUCGACAGGCAGUAGCAAUGCCUUAAUCUAACAAAACCCUACGAAAUUGGUACCGUGAUUAUCCCUGCUUUGCAGACGAGAAAGCAGAGAUCGACAGUUUGGGUCACUUGCCCCAAAUCCCAGAGUUAGUGACAGAGCCGGCAUCGCACCCGGGCUCUGGCUCUGGAGCACGGGCCCUCCAUCACUGCGUCGUGCUUCCUGCCCUUACAAGGCAAGUUGGACGACCGCCAUUCCAGAGAAGCAGAUACAAUUCAAGUGGAGGAUCAGGGAGGGGAAGAUGAGGUCGGCUCGGGGCUGGGUAGAGCAUCCCCUCCGAGGCAGCCGGAGAGCACGCCGCGGUGGAAUUUGCUCCUCAUUUUGCAUACUCACGCGGUGCUGGUGAUGGAGCAAAAGGCAUCUUUUGUGUGAUUGCCCAACGGUGAAUGAGGUCAUCUGUCUUUAUCAGUUCUGCCAGAUAAAUAGCUAACUAUAUUUCUCUAGAGGAGCCGGCGAGGUGCUGGGGGAAAAGCAGUUGGGUUCUCAAAUAAGCAGUGGCCAUCACCAUGGACACCAGCCCGGACCGGUCCUUCUCCCCCGGCAACCACUGGCUCUACUUCUCCGUGUACCUCUUCACCUUCCUCGUGGGGCUCCCCCUCAACCUGGCGGCCCUGGUGAUCUUCGUGGGCAAGCUGCGGCGCCGCCCGGUGGCUGUGGACGUGCUCUUGCUCAACCUGACGCUCUCAGACCUGCUCCUGCUGCUCUUCCUGCCCUUCCGCAUGGUGGAGGCGGCCAACGGCAUGCGCUGGCCCCUGCCCUUCAUCUUCUGCCCCCUCUCCGGAUCCCUCUUCUUCACCACCCUCUACCUCACCUCCCUCUUCCUGGCAGCUGUGAGCGUCGAACGCUUCCUCAGCGUGGCCUACCCGCUGUGGUACAAGGCCCGGCCGAGGCCGGGACAGGCCGGCCUGGUCAGCGGGGCCUGCUGGCUCCUGGCUGCCGCUCACUGCAGCGUGGUCUACGUGAUAGAAUUCUCUGGGGAGGCCACCAACGGCACCUGCUACCUGGAGUUCCAGAAGGACCAGCUGGCGAUUCUCCUGCCCGUCAGGCUGGAGAUGGCUGUGGUCCUUUUUGGGGUGCCCCUGCUCAUCACCAUCUACUGCUACAGCCACCUGGUGUGGGUGCUCAGCAGAGGCACCAACCACCGGCGGCGGAGGCGGGUGGUUGGGCUCGUGGUGGCCACGCUGCUCAACUUCCUCGUCUGCUUUGGGCCCUACAACGUGUCCCACGUCGUGGGCUACAUCCAGGGUGAAAGCCCGGCGUGGAGAAGUUACGUGCUGCUCCUCAGCACCUUGAACUCCUGCGUCGACCCGCUUGUCUACUACUUUUCAUCCUCUGGGUUUCAGGCUGACUUUCAGGGGCUGCUGAGGAGGCUGACGGGGGCCUGGGGCCCUUGGAGGCAGGAGGACAGCAUGCAACUGAAGGACAAGAAUGACGAGGGGCAGCCGGGGGAGCUGUCCAACGUAGAGAACAGGAGGGAGACUCCUGGAGGGCUGUGGAGCAGGCUGGGCUGCCGAGGGGCCUGGCGGGGGCUCUCGUAGCUCAAGUCGGGCAGGACCGGGGAGAGGGGGCUGGGGACUGACGUGACUGAGCACCAGGCUGUGCUCACCCAAGCCCGGCUCUCGGUCUCACCCAACCGCCCUCGCUUCCCACCCCCUGCCCCCUAGGGAUUCAGCCCUGGGAAACAGGAGGAGGGCGGGCACCAGAGAAGCGGGAGCCCCCACGGCCAGCUCCUGGGCUUUCCUUAAGGUGACGGAGGAGGAAUCGACAGCAGUGACGAAGGCCUGAGAGACGUGCCAGGCAGUGGAAGAAGCCACCCUUCAGAGCUGUUCCUACCCAGCAGGGUGAGAGUGGGGACACAGGCCAGGCUUCAGGGAGCAUCCUGCUCUCACAGAAGGUUCCCAUUGUUCAGUAAAUUCAGACUUUUAGGGACAUUUAUGAAAAAUUACAGUAGAAAAAUUACCAAUAAAUUUGGUA